CUGUGCACAAACACAAACACAGGAAGUAGCCAUCAGCAACAUCCCCCACCAACUUUCGUCGACUGUGUAUAGAGUAGCAGCUGAAAAGCUAUGAAAUAUAUCACACAGACGCUAACCUUAGUCCAUUAGUGUAAGCAAGAUAACUAAGCGAAUUGCUUGCUACUAACACCCAUUAACGUACUAACUAGCAUUAGCUUGGUUACGUUCGCAAGCCUGUUAUGCUACACGUUUACUAAGCUAAGCUACUAGCGGCUUCUUGAAAAGACAGCGUUAACGCAAGUCGUAAAACAUUCAACAAUGGACACCAAUCUCGAAACACCAUACGAAGAUGAGGCUCAAUUCAUCGAAUGCACGGUCUGUGAUAAAUCCAUAAGCGGUGAUACCUUGUACAAGAUACAUCUGACUACACCAGGACAUAUAAAGAAAGAGGAUGCCUUGGUUGCUGCGGGGCUUGCUGUCAGACACCACUGUGUACCAGUAUUCGAGGACAUUUUACAAUAUCUGGAUUACAUGAAGCUUGAUGAGCCCAUUAUUGGUUUGAACUAUUUGGACGAACUGCCUUGUAAUGACUUACAAGCAGGCCCCAGAUACACAUGUAGGCUAUGUCAUCAGAAUGCGAACCUACCGGAAAUGGUCCGUCAUGUGAUUGGACGUAAACACCGGCAGAAAUAUGUGGAAUUGAAACGGCCAGACUUGGUGACCUGGAAUAAACAAUCCAUAAUAACCCACGGAGGAAAGAUCAUAAGAGCCAGAGCAGAGAUAAUAGAGAGACAGGAUGGACGAGGAACUCCAACGCUAAUGGCGAAAAAGGGGAUAGAGGGCAAAUUAAACAUCUCAAGAGUUCCCCAAAGGCAGAAGCAAAAUAGGGGCCGCAACAUCUCACAGAGUUUGACCCAACGAGAUGUGCCGUCACACCUACCAGAACUCAAGGACUACCAGGAUGAGUACUCUCACCCAGGGAGGUAUCCCCCAAACACACCCCCAUUCCAUCCAGAAAACCCUUACAUGUUAAACAGAGACAGAUCAAUGUACCAACAGGAGGACACUCUCAGCAGUGACCGCAUGGAAGAGGAGCUGUGGAGGGACAAUUACAGGGAAAGUGAUGUGGGCAGACGAGAGUAUAUGGACCCUGAUUAUCGUACGGAGUAUGAAGAGGAAUAUGUUGAAGAUCCACAAAGAAGAAGAGCCGUACGAGAAACAGGUGGUGUUCCUAGGUAUGAUUCAAGGGAGGAGAUGCCCCAUGGCCAGGCUCAGCAUGGAGAGUCUUACCCAGAGGAAGCUCCUCCCUACAGGAGGCCCUACCCAGAAAGAGAUCAACUGAAGGAAUUCUUCAGUGAGGAAGUUAGGCGUGGGCGAGUUCGUUCUGCCGAGUGCCAGCCCUUGCAGCCGGUGUACCCAGAAGGCGAUGAACAGCGGUGGUCUCUGGACAGGGUAUCUGGUAGACAUGACAGUAUGAAUAGAGCAGACAGGCAGGGAUCGAGUGAACCAGAGGCCAAGAGGAGGAGCUUUCCCACACCUAUGGAGAGUGACCGUUCGCGUGACCAUUUGUUUAAUGUGAUCAAUGAUUAUUGUCAUGAAAUGGGAGAACCACAUCGAGAGGAGGCAGUCGCCAACCCUGGCCCAAGCAGAACAGGACCCCCUACCUCCCAGAGACGAGAGGAAGCUACCAGGGCCAUCUCUGACAUCCCAGAGCCAUUCAGGCGUUUCCUGAAAGGGUCCGCUAAUAAUGAGGGACGCGGUAAAAGAAAAAGAAAGAGUCGUUUCUCUGAUGCCACUGCAGAGGAGGUUGAAACGACAAAAGAGAUGUUCAGUGAGGAGUAUAGACCUCCAAAUCCAAAGUUUGGCGGUCGUCUUAGACCAGUUAGUGUACCAUUGGGACCUGAAAUGCAUGGAACACAACAUCCUGACUUCUACAUGGAAUCACAGAGCCCACAUCAUAAUGAAAGCUACCAAAGAGGAGGCUCUGAGCCAAGGGACGUCUUUGAUAUACUGAAAAACGUUGAAAUUAAAAAUGCAGACGAGGCUAACUUCCUGAAGAGCAAACUCUGCAACCUUCUAAAAGAAUUCAAGACCAAAAAAUCGGAGAAUGCUCUGCAAAAUAGCCAUGGUCGAGCAGCCAUCUCCAAAGACUACAACAGCUUGAACCCAGACCCAGAGCUUUCUCCAAGACACCAGUAUGACACUACCCUAAGGGAAGAUUCAGACAUUAGAAGACCAGAAGAACACUACUUUAAAGAAGAUCACAGAGGAAGAGGCUGGCAGCAGCGUGAGAAUGUAACUGACGAGUGGCGCCAAGAAUACCACCAUCCUGUUCGUGGGGAACCCAGACAGUCAAACAGAAGCCGUUAUGAAGAGGUUUUUGGGUGGCCCGGGAUGUCUCAGCCGCCAGAUACUACCCACUCAAAUGAGCCAACACGUUAUCCUGAAAGGUUUCAAGAACCCAUGCAACCUCGUGACUACCCACCUGCUGCCGAGGAGUUUCUGGACUCCCACUCUUCCGCACCUCCGCACUACAUGGAACGAGGACCCAGGAUGGACAGGGGCCCUCGGUACUCCAACAACCUGGAGAAAAUCACUUCCACCCUCCUGGAACUUGUGGCAAGGAAAUAAUUGUCAGAUUUCUAUACUUUUAAUGGGAUACUUUGGUUUGAGAACAUGAUUAGACAUUACAUUUCUUUCUUCCUUAUUUGUUUUUUAGGUUAUUUGGCUUUAGACACUUGUUAAUAAUUUGAUUUGUGAAAAAUGUUAAGUCUGAGUGUCUAUGUUAACAUAAAAAUAUUUGUCUACUGCAGCUGUCAUGUCUUUGUAUUACUAUUAUCACCAGCAGCAAGUAGCAAUAUUGUUAUUGCGAUAAGUCUUAAAUUGUGCCGCAAACUUAAUUUAAAUUAACCAAACUGCAGACAUUUGUGAAUAAUGUGAUCCAAUGUUGGAGUUUAAUAAAAACUUUAAAACAU